ACGCCUAGACAGAGCUGCGGGCGGGGCAGGCCGCGCUCAGCAGGAGGGGCGGGAGCCGAGUGCGCCCGAGGACCCGGCCGGAAGGCUUGCGCCAGCUCAGGAUGAGGACAGGCUGGGCGACCCCUCGCCGCCCGGCGGGGCUCCUCAUGCUGCUCUUCUGGUUCUUCGAUCUCGCGGAGGCCUCUGGCCGCGCAGCUAAUGACCCCUUCACCAUCGUCCAUGGAAAUACGGGCAAGUGCAUCAAGCCAGUGUAUGGCUGGAUAGUAGCAGACGACUGUGAUGAAACUGAGGACAAGUUAUGGAAGUGGGUGUCCCAGCAUCGGCUCUUUCAUUUGCACUCCCAAAAGUGCCUUGGCCUCGAUAUUACCAAAUCGGUAAAUGAGGUGAGAAUGUUCAGCUGUGACUCCAGUGCCAUGCUGUGGUGGAAGUGUGAGCACCACUCUCUGUACGGAGCUGCCCGGUACCGGCUGGCUCUGAAGAAUGGACAUGCCGUAGCAAUCUCAAAUGCAUCUGAUGUCUGGAAGAAAGGAGGCUCAGAGGAAAGCCUUUGUGACCAGCCUUAUCAUGAGAUCUAUACCAGAGAUGGGAACUCUUAUGGGAGACCUUGUGAAUUUCCAUUCUUAAUUGAUGGGACCUGGCAUCACGAUUGCAUUCUUGAUGAAGAUCAUAGUGGGCCAUGGUGUGCCACCACCUUAAAUUAUGAAUAUGACCGAAAGUGGGGCAUCUGCUUAAAGCCUGAAAACGGUUGUGAAGAUAAUUGGGAAAAGAACGAGCAGUUUGGAAGUUGCUACCAAUUUAAUACUCAGACGGCUCUUUCUUGGAAAGAAGCUUAUGUUUCAUGUCAGAAUCAAGGAGCUGAUUUACUAAGCAUCAACAGUGCUGCUGAAUUAACUUACCUUAAAGAAAAAGAAGGCAUUGCUAAGAUUUUCUGGAUUGGUUUAAAUCAGCUAUACUCUGCUAGAGGCUGGGAAUGGUCAGACCACAAACCAUUAAACUUUCUCAACUGGGAUCCAGACAGGCCCAGUGCACCUACUAUAGGUGGCUCCAGCUGUGCAAGAAUGGAUGCUGAGUCUGGUCUGUGGCAGAGCUUUUCCUGUGAAGCUCAACUGCCCUAUGUCUGCAGGAAACCAUUAAAUAAUACAGUGGAGUUAACAGAUGUCUGGACAUACUCAGAUACCCGCUGUGAUGCAGGCUGGCUGCCAAAUAAUGGAUUUUGCUAUCUGCUGGUAAAUGAAAGUAAUUCCUGGGAUAAGGCACAUGCGAAAUGCAAAGCCUUCAGUAGUGACCUAAUCAGCAUUCAUUCUCUAGCAGAUGUGGAGAUGGUUGUCACAAAACUCCAUAAUGAGGAUAUCAAAGAAGAAGCGUGGAUAGGCCUUAAGAACAUAAACAUACCAACUUUAUUUCAGUGGUCAGAUGGUACUGAAGUUACUCUAACAUAUUGGGAUGAGAAUGAGCCAAAUGUUCCCUACAAUAAGACGCCCAACUGUGUUUCCUACUUAGGAGAGCUGGGUCAGUGGAAAGUCCAAUCAUGUGAGGAGAAACUAAAAUAUGUAUGCAAGAGAAAGGGAGAAAAACUGAAUGACGCAAGUUCUGAUAAGACGUGUCCUCCAGAUGAGGGCUGGAAGAGACAUGGAGAAACCUGUUACAAGAUUUAUGAGGAUGAGGUCCCUUUUGGAACAAACUGCAAUCUGACUAUCACUAGCAGAUUUGAGCAAGAAUACCUGAAUGAUUUGAUGAAAAAGUAUGAUAAAUCUCUAAGAAAAUACUUCUGGACUGGCCUGAGAGAUGUAGAUUCUCGUGGAGAGUAUAAUUGGGCAACUGUUGGUGGAAGAAGGCGGGCUGUAACCUUUUCCAACUGGAAUUUUCUUGAGCCAGCUUCCCCGGGCGGCUGCGUGGCUAUGUCUACUGGAAAGUCUAUUGGAAAGUGGGAGGUGAAGGACUGCAGAAGCUUCAAAGCACUUUCAAUUUGCAAGAAAAUGAGUGGACCCCUUGAGCCUGAAGAAGCAGCCCCUAAGCCUGAUGACCCCUGUCCUGAAGGCUGGCAGAGUUUCCCCGCAAGUCUUUCUUGUUAUAAGGUAUUCCAUGCAGAAAGAAUUGUAAGAAAGAGGAACUGGGAAGAAGCUGAACGAUUCUGCCAAGCCCUUGGAGCACACCUUUCUAGCUUCAGCCAUGUGGAUGAAAUAAAGGAAUUUCUUCACUUUUUAACGGACCAGUUCAGUGGCCAGCAUUGGCUGUGGAUUGGUUUGAAUAAAAGGAGCCCAGAUUUACAAGGAUCCUGGCAAUGGAGUGAUCGUACACCAGUGUCUACUAUUAUCAUGCCAAAUGAGUUUCAGCAGGAUUAUGACAUCAGAGACUGUGCUGCUGUCAAGGUAUUUCAUAGGCCAUGGCGAAGAGGCUGGCAUUUCUAUGAUGAUAGAGAAUUUAUUUAUUUGAGGCCUUUUGCCUGUGAUACAAAACUUGAAUGGGUGUGCCAAAUUCCAAAAGGCCGUACUCCAAAAACACCAGACUGGUACAAUCCAGAGCGUGCUGGAAUUCAUGGACCUCCACUUAUAAUUGAAGGAAGUGAAUAUUGGUUUGUUGCUGAUCUUCACCUAAACUAUGAAGAAGCCGUCCUGUACUGUGCCAGCAAUCACAGCUUUCUUGCGACUAUAACAUCUUUUGUGGGACUAAAAGCCAUCAAAAACAAAAUAGCAAAUAUAUCUGGUGAUGGACAGAAGUGGUGGAUAACAAUUAGCGAGUGGCCAAUAGAUGAUCAUUUUACAUACUCACGAUAUCCAUGGCACCGCUUUCCUGUGACAUUUGGAGAGGAAUGCUUGUACAUGUCUGCCAAGACUUGGCUUAUCGACUUAGGUAAACCAACAGACUGUAGUACCAAGUUGCCCUUCAUCUGUGAAAAAUACAAUGUUUCUUCGUUAGAGAAAUACAGCCCAGAUUCUGCAGCUAAAGUGCAAUGUUCUGAGCAAUGGAUUCCUUUUCAGAAUAAGUGUUUUCUAAAGAUCAAACCCGUGUCUCUCACAUUUUCUCAAGCAAGCGAUACCUGUCACUCCUAUGGUGGCACCCUUCCUUCAGUGUCGAGCCAGAUUGAACAAGACUUUAUUACAUCCUUGCUUCCGGAUAUGGAAGCUACUUUAUGGAUUGGUUUGCGCUGGACUGCCUAUGAAAGGAUAAACAAAUGGACGGAUAACAGAGAGCUGACGUACAGUAACUUUCACCCAUUAUUGGUUAGUAGGAGGCUGAGAAUACCAGAAAAUUUUUUUGAGGAAGAGUCUCGCUACCACUGUGCCCUAAUACUCAACCUCCAAAAAUCACCGUUUACUGGGACGUGGAAUUUUACAUCCUGCAGUGAACGCCACUUUGUGUCUCUCUGUCAGAAAUAUUCAGAAGUUAAAAGCAGACAGACAUUGCAGAAUGCUUCAGAAACUGUAAAGUAUCUAAAUAAUCUGUACAAAAUAAUCCCAAAGACUCUGACUUGGCACAGUGCUAAAAGGGAGUGUCUGAAAAGUAACAUGCAGCUGGUGAGCAUCACGGACCCUUACCAGCAGGCAUUCCUCAGUGUGCAGGCGCUCCUUCACAACUCUUCCUUAUGGAUCGGACUCUUCAGUCAAGAUGAUGAACUCAACUUUGGUUGGUCAGAUGGGAAACAUCUUCAUUUUAGUCGCUGGGCUGAAACUAAUGGGCAACUUGAAGACUGUGUAGUAUUAGACACUGAUGGAUUCUGGAAAACAGUUGAUUGCAAUGACAAUCAACCAGGUGCUAUUUGCUACUAUUCAGGAAAUGAGACUGAAAAAGAGGUCAAACCGGUUGACAGUGUUAAAUGUCCAUCUCCUGUUCUAAAUACUCCGUGGAUACCAUUUCAGAACUGUUGCUACAAUUUCAUAAUAACAAAGAAUAGGCAUAUGGCAACAACACAGGAUGAAGUUCAUACUAAAUGCCAGAAACUGAAUCCAAAAUCACAUAUUCUGAGUAUUCGAGAUGAAAAGGAGAAUAACUUUGUUCUUGAGCAACUGCUGUACUUCAAUUAUAUGGCUUCAUGGGUCAUGUUAGGAAUAACUUAUGGAAAUAAUUCUCUUAUGUGGUUUGAUAAGACCCCACUGUCAUAUACACAUUGGAGAGCAGGAAGACCAACUAUAAAAAAUGAGAAGUUUUUGGCUGGUUUAAGUACUGACGGCUUCUGGGAUAUUCAAACCUUUAAAGUUAUUGAAGAAACACUUUAUUUUCACCAGCACAGCAUUCUUGCUUGUAAAAUUGAAAUGGUUGACUACAAAGAAGAAUAUAAUACUACACUGCCACAGUUUAUGCCAUAUGAAGAUGGUAUUUACAGUGUUAUUCAAAAAAAGGUAACAUGGUAUGAAGCGUUAAACAUGUGUUCUCAAAGUGGAGGUCACUUGGCAAGCGUUCACAACAAAAAUGGCCAGCUCUUUCUGGAAGAUAUUGUAAAACGUGAUGGAUUUCCACUAUGGGUUGGGCUCUCAAGUCAUGAUGGAAGUGAAUCAAGUUUUGAAUGGUCUGAUGGUAGUACAUUUGACUAUAUCCCAUGGAAAGGCCAAACAUCUCCUGGAAAUUGUGUUCUCUUGGAUCCAAAAGGAACUUGGAAACAUGAAAAAUGCAACUCUGUUAAGGAUGGUGCUAUUUGUUAUAAACCUACAAAAUCUAAAAAGCUGUCCCGUCUUACAUAUUCAUCAAGAUGUCCAGCAGCAAAAGAGAAUGGGUCACGGUGGAUCCAGUACAAGGGUCACUGUUACAAGUCUGAUCAGGCAUUGCACAGUUUUUCAGAGGCCAAAAAAUUGUGUUCAAAACAUGAUCACUCUGCAACUAUCGUUUCCAUAAAAGAUGAAGAUGAGAAUAAAUUUGUGAGCAGACUGAUGAGGGAAAAUAAUAACAUUACCAUGAGAGUUUGGCUUGGAUUAUCUCAACGUUCUGUUGACCAGUCUUGGAGUUGGUUAGAUGGAUCAGAAGUGACAUUUGUCAAAUGGGAAAAUAAAAGUAAGAGUGGUGUUGGAAAAUGUAGCAUGUUGAUAGCUUCAAAUGAAACUUGGAAAAAAGUUGAAUGUGAACAUGGUUUUGGAAGAGUUGUCUGCAAAGUGCCUCUGGGCCCUGAUUACACAGCAAUAGCUAUCAUAGUUGCCACACUAAGUAUCUUAGUUCUCAUGGGCGGACUGAUUUGGUUCCUCUUCCAAAGGCACCGUUUGCAUCUGGCGGGUUUCUCAUCAGUUCGAUAUGCACAAGGAGUGAAUGAAGAUGAGAUUAUGCUUCCUUCUUUCCAUGACUAAAUUCUUCUAAAAGUUUUCUAAUUUGCACUAAUGUGUUAUGAGAAAUUAGUCACUUAAAAUGUCCCAGUGUCAGUAUUUACUCUGCUCCAAAGUAGAACUCUUAAAUACUUUUUCAGUUGUUUAGAUCUUAGGCAUGUGCUGGUAUCCACAGUUAAUUCCCUGCCAAAUGCCAUGUUUAUCACCCUAAUUAAUAGAAUGGAGGGGACUCCAAAGCUGGAACUGAAGUCCAAAUUGUUUGUACAGUAAUAUGUUUAAUGUUCAUUUUCUCUGUAUGAAUGUGAUUGGUAACUAGGAUAUGUAUAUUUUAAUAGAAUUUUUAACAAAACUUCUUAGAAAAUUAAAAUAGGCAUAUUACUAGGUGACAUGUCUACUUUUUAAUUUUUAAGAGCAUCCGGCCAAAUGCAAAAUUAGUACCUCAAAGUAAAAAUUGAACUGUAAACUCUAUCAGCAUUGUUUCAAAAUAGUCAUUUAGCACUGGGGAAAAAUAAACAAUGAGACAUGCUUACUUUUCAAUUUUUAUUUUAAUUUUUAUUUUUUUGAGACUGAGUCUCUCUCUGUUGCCCAGGCUGGAGUACAAUGGCGUGAUCUCGGCUCACUGCAAAUCUCCGCCUCCCAGGUUCAAGCGAUUCUCCUGCCUCAGCCUCCUGAGUAGCUGGGAUUACAGGCACCUGCCACCAUGCCCGGCUAAUUUUUGUAUUUUUAGUAGAGAUGGGGUUUCACCAUGUUGGCCAGGCUGGUCUCGAACUCGUGACCGCAGGUGAUCCUCCCACCUCGGCCUCCCAAAGUGCUGAGAUUACAGGCAUGAGCCACCGCGCCCGGCCUCUGCUUACUUUUUAUACAGCAAAAUGAUUCCUCUUGGCAAGAUGUUUCUUAUAUUAUUCCAAAGUUAUUUCAUACCAUUAUUAUGUAAAUAUGAAGAGUUUUUUUCUGUUUAUAAUUGCUUAUAAAACAAUGACUUUUAAAGAUUUAGUGCUUAACAUUUUCCCAAGUGUGGAAACAUUAUUUUUAGAUUGAGUAGGUACCUUGUAGCAGUGUGCUUUGUAUUUUCUGAUGUAUUACAUGACUGUUUCUUUUGUAAAGAGAAUCAACUAGGUAUUAAGACUGAUAAUUUUACAAUUUAUAUGCUUCACAUAGCAUGUCAACUUUCGACUAAGAAUUUUGUUUUACUUUUUUAACAUGUGUUAAACAGAGAAAGGGUCCAUGAAGGAAAGUGUAUGAGUUGCAUUUGUAAAAAUGAGGCUUUUUCAGUGGAACUCUAAACCUUGUGAUGACUACUAACAAAUUUAAGAUUAUGAGUGAUUAAGAAAACAUUGCUUUGUGGUUAUCACUUUAAGUUUUGACACCUAGAUUAUAUUCUUAGUAAUAGCAUCCACUGGAAAAGGUGAAAAUGUUUUAUUCAGCAUUUAACUUACAUUUGUACUUUAGAGUAUUUUUGUAUAAAAUCCAUAGAUUUAUUUUACAUUUAGAGUAUUUACACUAUGAUGAAGUUGUAAAUAAUUUUCUAAGACAGUUUUUAUAUAGUCUACAGUUGUCCUGAUUUCUUAUUGAAUUUGUUAGACUAGUUCUCUUGUCCUAUGAUCUGUGUACAAUUUUAGUCACUAAGACUUUCCUCCAAGAACUAAGCCAACUUGAUGUGAAAAGCACAGCUGUAUAUAAUGGUGAUGUCAUAAUAAAGUUGUUUUAUCUUUUAAGUAAAA